AUGAACCACUGCCAGCAGCUGCAGCAGCUGCAAUCAGCUGAGACGUAUGACUCGGUAUACUAUGAUCUGAUGCUGAAUGAGGGCACGGAGCCGUUGCCUGCAACACCACAUCAGGUGUCAUUCGUCUAUGUCAUAGUGCAGCCACAGCAGCAGCCAGAACCUGAGUCUAGCAAAAUACUGAUGUUCACCGAUACACACAACUCAACUGCCGGCGGGUCUAAAGUUUCCUCGACAUAUGCAUUAGCGAGCGCUGUAAAACAUGUGUUGCGUCCCGCCGCGGCGUCGUGUCUGCCGGUUGUUCAGCGUGCCGUGCAGCCCGCGCGGCUGCCAGCAGCAAGUGCGGGCGGCGGCGCCAGCCCAGGCCAGCCGGUGCAGCUGCGGGCUGCUAGCUGCUCCAGGCCGCAGCUGCCUUCCCCCGGGCCGCCGCCGCUCGCUCCGUUGACCGGGCCAGAAAUAAAACAAACGCCACGCCAGGCCUCGGGAGUGAGGGGUGAGGGGGCGGGCAGGGGGGGGGGGGGGGAGGGCUGGGCGCUGCCAAAGCCACAGCCGGGCCGGGCCGCACCGAGCGGCAACGCUGCCGCAAGCUCAAUGCCACGGCGCGAGCUCGCCGGGCGGGCGUCGGCGCAGCAGCAGCCAGCAGCAGUGCGAGCGCGACGCUCGGGGAGGCAAGCCGUAGCCGUAGCCGCAGCCGUGGCCCUAGUCGCGCCAGCCGCCGCCAUGAACACCGAGGCGCUCAUCGCCGCCGUCUACCGCCGCUCGCCGCUGUGGGACACGGGCAGCAUCCACAACAGGGACCGCCGCAUCGUCGACGCGCUCUGGAAGGAGGUCGCCGCCGAGCUCAACUGCGCAGACUGCACGGCGGUGAAGAAGAGAUGGAAGAGCCUGAAGGACUACUACCGGUGCGAGCUCGCUAAGGUGUCGCACACGGGUGGCGAGGGCUCGACGACGGAGGCGACGUCCAACUGGCCCUUCUUCCACCUGAUGAGCUUCACGAAGCGGACCAUCGGCAGCAAGUACCGGCCGCGCAGUCUGGAGCAGCAGUUGUUCUGCGAGGACAGUAAGCAGGCGACGGUGGACAGCUCGCAGUACGACGCGGACGAGGAGACGCUCAAGAGCGAGGCGAAGCGGCGCCACAUCAAGACGGAGUUCCCCGCGCUGCCGCACUUCCCCGACCUGUCGGAGAGCACCUCGUUCAGCGACACGAUCGCGCACGCGCCCGUCUCGUUCAUGCUGCCACCGCACAAGCGCUCUUCGCGCCGCCGACACCACCUCGAUAGCGACGCGUGCGCCGACGCCUCGGCCGAGACCAAGGCGCUCUCGCUCACCGAACGCGAGAUCCAGGACGUGGACAGCGACGAGCUGCUCUUCUUCAAGUCGCUGCUGCCCUACAUGAGGAACAUGAACUACUCGCGGAAGCUGCUCCUGCGCAUGAAGAUACUCGAGCUCGUGUACAACGAGUACGCCUCGUCGUGACUGUGCGAACUCUACUACCGGUGCGCACCGCCGCUAGCGGUCUGGCGGCCUACGUAGCUACGGGUCUCACCUCACUACUGUCUUAAUGACUGAGAAAUGUAUUUUUGUUAGACGCUUUGUACAAUGUGUUAUGACGCUACAGUAACGGACUUCAGUGCUUUGCUUUACACAUCAGCAGCGUGUAGCUAUGAUUUCUGUAAAUGUUUACAGUCUUUUGUAAUUAUUUCUUUUUUAUAGCGUGCCAUUUAUGGAUAA